UGCGGAGACCAGACAGGAACACUUCGACAAAGAGACUUAAGAAGUAAUCAGCUCUCAUCAAGAAUUUCACUUUCCAUUAGUUUUGAUUUGAAAGUUCCACUGCCCGAGAACACGACUGCAGCUGAUCUUAAUCAGACAACUGAAGAAAUUUCCAGUAACCUAUUAUUAAAGUUUAACAAAACAGAUGUGAAUCUUAAUAUCAGUGGGAUUUCCUUAGUUUUCGAUGCUUCAAAACCACCUCAAGUCCGCUUCGUGCGCCUUUUAUGUGAUAGUGGACAGGUUCUAAGAGGCUCCAAAUGUGGUAAGCAGAGUUUGUUAUCAAAAAAAUCCUUAAGAAUCUCAAAACACAAAGUGAAUGGUUAACUUACUUUGCUUAAAAGAUUCUUAUUUUGUCCAAGAUAGUUGGUUACGCUGGCACUUUUCCAUAAGCAAGUAUUCUAUAAAGUAAUUUGAUCGCUUUAGACAAACAGGAGCAAUGAGAUGUAUGAUGCAAAUGAAAGAAUAGGCAGAUAAUUUUUUUAUUUCACGUUUGCUAAGUACUUCCCUAUAACUAUGAAAUUUUCUAAAAUGCCCGAGUUUUCCAAAGUGGCCAUAAAAGCAAUUUCACUUCCGCUUUAUUAUUGGUUUAUUUAAGAAAAUAGGUGUUAUACGAUUGGCUGCCUACUCUAAAUCAACAAUCUUUCAAAGGCGCAAAAUUUCUUCGCAGAUGGCAUUUGAAAAAUUAUGUGAGUUGAGAAAACGUAUUGAAAGCGCUAACUCUAACUUAAGGAGAACUAAACUCUUCCUAUAGCUUUUAAGCCCCCACAUGGUUACGGAGUACUUGGCUAAGUUUAGACCCUAUCGUAAGUAAUAAGAAAGAUGUAAUUAACUCAACGAAGGAAACAUGUCAUAACCAAGCACCAAAAAGUCAUUCUUUUAAAUGAAUCGACGUACAAAACAUUUCUCCUGAAAAUGAGUUUCCUCGCAUGAGGAUGAAGAAUGAUUGUAAUAUAAGUAUCGAAAAGGCAAUGCACUUGCCUUGCUAUGCAGUCAGAUGCAAUAUAAACAGCUCUGAAAUGGCUGACUCAAACAGUUUGAUGAUACGUCAAACCUUUUUAAAUAUCUUCGUCCCUUUUUGCUAUUUAUAGUGAGCUGUCCUGUUGGAUACUUCCACAAUACUUCAGAGUGCCAGGCAUGCGCAGUGGAUCAUUACCAGGAUAAAGAGGCGCAGACUUCUUGUGUUCCUUGUCCAUCCGGGACAUCAACGUUUGGCGCGUUAGCAUCUAGAUGGCAGGGAAACUGUGAAGGUCUCUAA